AUGAGAACCAUUAGUGUCCGAGCAAAUAGCAAGGAAGGUGAUGAGAGUAGAGAGUACAAGUCCGGCUGCUUGGGAAACGCCACCAAGCUCAUUGAGGGCUGGAAGGCGCAUCAGAGACUGGGGAUACUGUUAGCGAGUUACUGUGAUAACUCUUUGAGGAAUGUUACAAUCUCCCUAGCUAUGGACAUGUCAUGUACUAGUGAUUCUCGUUACUACAUUGUCACUAUGUCGACAAGUCGGGCAAAUAGACUCGUCCUCGGCGAGAUUGCCAAAGAGAUCGGACGAUUCUUGCAGGCGAUUCUACCGGAAGUAUAG